AUGGAAGAGUUACCUUUUUUUGAUGAAGAUAUACAACCACAAAAAUUAAGACUUUGUGAGAAAUGUGGAUUACAUCCAAACAUUUGUAUAUGCCAAUUAAUUCCUAAAGAAAAACAACAUGAUAACUAUCCAUAUUUAAUUAUACUGCAAGACCCAAGAGAGGCAAAAGUAAAAUUAAAUACAGUAAAAUUAAUCGAUAAAUAUUUUAAACAUGUUGAAAUAUAUAAAAAAAACUUACCAAUUGAACUUAUUGAUAAAAUUCAACAAAAACCAAAUGAAUUUGCUGUUUUGUUUCCUCGUAAAACAGCAAAAAUAAUUGAUAGUGGAAAUGAUAUUUCAUUUACACAACAAUAUAAAUAUAUUAUAAUUAUUGAUGGUACUUGGGAUCAAGCAAAGUCCAUUUAUAAUAGAAAUAAAUUACUUCAUCAAUUAGACACUUUAAUCUUAAGUAAUGGAAAUAAUUAUUCUCAAUACAACGAAAUUCGAAAAGAGAUUAGUGGUGGAAUGUCUACUUUUGAAGCAACUAUAACAACGAUAUCAAUUAUAAUGAAAGAACCAUCUAUGAUAAUUGAUAGAAAUAAUAUAAUGAAGAGAUUUAUAGAAAUGAGAACAAAAUAUUAUGAAUAA